CUGAUUUAUCUGAUGAUAAAUGUUCUGAUAAUGAACCAACUUCAAAUGAUAUCAACAAUGAGAAUUAUGAUGAUAAAAUGUUUGCGACACCUGAAAGGUUUAGACUUUCUGAUGUUACAAUCAAUUCGUUGAUUGGCUUCUUUAGUCUUGUUUUAAAACAUGUUGAUUCACAUCAGUUUAAAGAAUUUCCUUCUACUGCUUAUAUGGCUAAAAAACUAUUAGACAUCAAGAAAGAAUCGAAAACUUUUACAGUAUAUCCUGACUGUAAUAAGUUAUAUGAUACUAUAUCAAUAAUUCCAUCAAAUCUGAAUGAUAAUGAAAAUUUAGGACUUAAAUAUAUAUACAUUGAAUUUCCCAAUCAUUUGAUACAAAAUUAUCGCAAUCCAAUGUGUGUCAGAAUUACUUACAAAGAUUCCAAUAAAUAA